AUGAUUACUGCGUUAUUUAUAUUCGAUUCGAAAGGUGAUGUUCUUAUGUCAAAGCUUUACAAAAGUGGCUUAAAAAGGAAUAUCGCUGAUGUUUUUCGGAUUCAAGUUAUCACUAGCACUUCGAAGAGUUCAUACGGCAAUAGCGCAAACGAUCCUCGUUCUCCGGUACUUACAUUAGGGUCCACAUCAUUUAUCUAUAUCCGCUCAGGCCUACUUUGGAUAUGCGCGGUAACUAGAUCUAAUCAAGACUGUUCCACAAUCCUUGAAUUUUUGUAUAACCUCGAGGCUCUACUUAGAUUGUUGUUGAUUCGUGGAAAUGACAAUAAGAGGCCGCUAACAGAUGAGACAAUCAUUAACAAUUUUGCAUCUAUUUUUGAAUUAUUGGAUGAGGUUAUAGAUUUUGGUUAUCCAACUAAUUUGGAAUUGAGCUAUUUGAAGAAUUUAGUUACCGCUCUUCCAUCAAGUGACAAUAUAUUUAAGUUACCCAGCAACGUACUAAGGACUUCAACUUCGGUUAGCCAGGUAUAUAAUAAUACCAAGAAGUUAAUACAGAAUAGCCUGGAAAUAACAUGGAGGGAUUCUGGAAUAAAAUAUAGGCGAAAUGAAAUUUUCCUAAAUGUGGAAGAAAAAAUUAAUGUACUAAUGAAUAAACAGGGAGAAUUAUUGAGAGCAUACGUUGAUGGAGCGAUACAAAUGAAGACUCAUUUAUCUGGAAUGCCUGAAUGUCAGCUUGGUUUAGGAGACGACAGCAUAUUACUAGGAUCUCUCGAUGCAGAACCAUCUCUUUCGAAUUCUGGUAAUGUCACUUUAGAAGAUAGUAAGUUUCACCAAUGUGUUGAAUUAAACAAAUUUGACUCAAAAAGGAUAAUCCAGUUUGUUCCUCCUGACGGGGAAUUUCAAUUGAUGUCAUAUCACUGCAUUCUGAAUGUUCAUUUACCAUUCAAAGUUUAUUCUCAAGUUCAAGAACUGGGCAAGCUGAAAAUAAGUUACAAAAUUAGAAUUGUGUCAUCGUUUCCAUCUAAGAUUGCAGCGACGAAUGUACAACUUAAAAUUCCUACCCCAAAAGGGGCUCUUAAAUCUUACUCCACAAACUCGGGAGGAAAGUCAAAAUUUCAUCCAGAGGAGAAUGUGCUAAUUUGGAAAUUUAACAAGUUCUUCGGAGAUCUGGAACAUGUGCUUACAGCAGAAGUGGAUUUCUCUGGCACAAAGGAUAAUGUAGACUCAAGCAACUCGUUUCUCAUGUGGUCUCGACCACCAAUCAAGUUGGAGUUUGUUCUCGAUAUGUUUUCCUGUUCAGGAUUGACGGUCAAAUUUUUAAGAGUUCAAGAGAAAACUAACUAUAGAACAGUUAAAUGGGUUAAGUAUGCAACCUAUUCAGGGUCUUAUGAUAUUCGAUACUAG